AGGCCCGAACAAGUAGCUCGAUGUUACCAGGCUGCUUGUAAUAAUGAUUUCAAUGGUGUCAAAGAACAGGUCGAGCAGCUUCUCCACAACCGAAAGGAAGCAUCUGCGGGAGACGUAGAACCGCAUCCAGCGUGGUUAUUCUCAUCACUCGGCGAAGCGAUCCGGCAAAAGAAUGUCGAAAUGGUACAGUAUCUGCUUGACGAAAAUGUCGGGAACGGCAAACUUCCAGUCGACGUAGCCGUGCGCUGCCGAGCGUACGAAAUACUAGAAUUGUUCCUUCGCUAUGGUUGGAAUAUCAAUGAACAAUAUGGGCGAAACUCGCCUGCUGCGUUGAGUACUCCAGUGUGCACCGCUGAUGCAGAGAUGGUUACUUGGUUGCUAGACCACGGCGCCGAUCCCAACGCCCAGUGCGAGUGGGACUUCACACCGACUUCAUACGCUAUGUACAUGGCUCCUCUACCAAUCAUCGAUAUGCUUUUUCAACGAGGAGCGAGCGUCCACCGUGGCCAACUCCUCCACUACGCCGUUAUACGAGAUAAGCCCAACGUCUUGCAGGUCGUCCAACAGCUCGUGGAGAAAGGCGCACCGGCCAACGAGGUCAAGUAUGAGAAGGAGCCAAGGACGUAUUGGGAACGCGAGCCUUUUGGUCUCGGGACGCCGCUUCAUCGGGCGGCGGAGUUCGGGAAGGUGGAGGUCGUGAGGUACCUUUUGAAGGUGGGCGCCGACCCUCUGAAGUUGGACAGCAGGGGACGGACGCCGCAUUUCUGGGCAGAAAAGAAUGGGCAUGCGGAAGUG